GGGAGGAGAGAGAGUGCGAGCCGAGCCUUCAGCCUGCCGGGCUCCUCAUCUCCAUCUCUCUCCCUCCCUCACACAUUCCCCCCAUCCCAUCCCAUCCCCUCCCUCCCUCUUUCUCCGACACAGAGUUUUGUUAAAAAAAUGGCGUAAAGUGAGUGAUGAGUCCUGAGUCCCCACUAGCAAAGAGAGGCGAGAACUUGCUCUGCAGACUGUCUACACUUGUCCUCUCGGUUGUUUAUCACCGGCCUCCACCGUUUAAUCUUCUGGUAUAACAUCGUCUGAUUUGAGUUUUGUAGUCAUUGCAGGCGCGCUCCUUGCCCUCUUCACACACACACACGCACACACAAAUAACUUCAUUUCGAUUGGAUUCAAAAGUGUUUGAAAAAGUGCUUUUGAAGUGCGGCCAUGGAGAUGCAAAGCCUUCAAGAGGCACUGAAAGUAGAAAUCCAGUGUCACCAGAAACUAGUUGCACAGAUGAAGCAAGAUCCACAGAACGGAGAACUUAAGAAACAGCUGCACGAAAGACAAUCCCGAAUAACAUCUCUUAGUGAGAAACAAAAGCUUGCAGUCAGAAGUUGCCCUGUUGGGAGCACCAAACCUAUUUCACUCGUCAAGGCACCAAACCAGAGCAUAGCAAUUUCAGUGGUGCCAUCUAAGAAUCCCAUCACCAUGGUUACUGCACACAUCAAUGGACAGAAGACGCCUGGUACAGAUCCUCCACAGAUGGCCCCAAUCAAUCUGCAAACAACAAGUAAACUGGCAGGGAGCAAUUUGAAUUCCACUGGAAGGAGGGUUCCAGAGACAUCAAACUCACAGACACUGGGAACUAUUACUGCAGUGCCCAUUAAGGUCCCCCAGGUCAGCUCAUUGCAGAGGUUGGCAGGCCAAGGACCAGCAGUGCUACCUCAGGUUAGGCCAAAGACUCUAAUUCCAGACAGCCUCUCGGUCACUUUGUGCCGUGACCAGACUUCCAGUCAGCCUCAGUCUCUUCAAAAAAGCACCAUCAUCAGCAUCAAGAACCCAAGUCCUGCUCUUCCUACUGCCAACAACACUGUCAAUCAUGUGCAAACAUUGACUGGCCAAACUCAAAGUUUUACAGAGUCGCCUUUGGUUACCACGCCAAUCAGCAGUGCUGGCGUGGCUUUUGCAAUCAUCUCUGCCUCUCCCAACAUUGGUAGUUCCAUGAGCAGCAGUACAGUCUCACUGACCAGUGACACCAUCAGUGUCCAACCUCUUCUGCUCAGCACAGAUAAGGUAUUAAUCAUUCAACCACAAAGUCAGGCACACACGGAACACUUGACAGAAAAAAGAAAACCUUCCAUAGAACAACCACAGGGCCAUCUUUCUGCAAAAUCAAAGAGAGAAGAAAAUCCUGAGAAACUUGCCUUUAUGGUGUCCCUUGGCCUGGUUACUACUGAGCAUUUGGAAGAAAUCCAAAGCAGACGCCAGGAAAGAAAGAGAAGAAGCACAGCCAAUCCAACAUAUAGUGGGUUGUUUGAACCCGAGCGUAAACGAAUUGCAACAAGCUACCUAAAUGGUUCUUUGUAUAUUUCAACAAGAGCCAAUGAGGAACUUUGUUGGAAGGAUGACAUUCAUGAAGACUACUGCACAGUGUGCAAACGUAGUGGUCAACUACUUUUGUGUGAUACUUGUUCUCGUGUUUAUCAUUUGGAAUGUUUGGAACCUCCGCUUAAGACUAUUCCCAAGGGGGUGUGGGUAUGCCCCAGAUGCCAAGAAAAGGUAUUAAAGAAAGAAGAUAAUGUAUCAUGGCCUGGGACUUUGGCUAUUGUCCAUUCCUAUCUUGCACAUAAAGCAGUGAAAGAAGAGGAGAAAAGAAAACUGUUAAAGCGAGGUACCGAGUUAAAGAGUGAACAUGAGCAGCUGGAGGAAAAGGACAGAUUGCUCAGUAAUGCUGUAACGAAAUGUCUAGAAUUGAAAACGAAUCUGAUAGCUAAACAGAAAGGAACUCGUGCUUCGCUGGAACGUGUGAAAACUCUGAUUAGACUGAUGCAGAGUGAACAAGUGAUCCAGGUUACAAUGAUGACAACCACAGCCACCUCUCGAGCAUCCCCAAUGGUUUCCCUCCCAUGGAUCAAGCCUUCAGCUGCUGCAGGGAAUCCUUCAGCCCCCUUAAAGCAGCAGUCACAAGGGAAGAACUAAAGGAACUGGCUCAUCCAGAUUUAAUUAUUGUUGUUUGGAAAUAUUUACACAUUUUUAUGUGCAGAAACUGAGGGGUGUGAUAACUGAUCAAUGCAGUACGCUAUGCAGACAAUGUUGGAGCAAAAGUGCACCAUGCGGUUAGUUUGUACUGUGAUUGCAGUCCUUUCAGCCACCACUUUGAAAGCUAAAGAGAUUUUAAUUUUUUUAUGUUGGCCUUAACUUAGAUUCUGGAACCAGAAAAUGGCCGAUUAAAAAAACAAAAUCAUUUUUCACUUCUCCAUAGCAGGUGUUUUGAACACAAGUUUGCUUCAAGGGAGAGGGAAGGGAAUAAACCCCCCAUAAGCAUUGGAAUGCACUGCAGUAGACUGACAAUUACCACAACAGAGCUGUAACAUAGAGCAUUUUCCAGUGAAAUGGGGAUCUGUUUUUAGGACUGUACAUUACUGUAACUAAGUUCAAACAUGCAAAUACUCGGUUAAGACGAUGUCUGACAUAUUUAUUCAGGUGACGCGCAAAAAUAACGGUUUUAUUGUGUAUGUAUGGGUCUUCAGAGCAUUCAAACAAAGUUUAAUUUUUUCAGUAUUAAUAUAGGUAAGAAACAUAUAAAAUAAAGUAUGAGGUUAGUAUUUAAAGUGGGAUAAUAAGUACAGUAUUUUCCUGCUGAUGCCUAUGAAACAUGUUUUAUCAAGUAUUUAAAGGGUACAACUGCAAAAUUUAUUUUGCAACUUAUCUUACUGUUGACAAUUUUGUGCAGACCAAUCUUUAAAAAGUAUAGUGGGUAUUUUAGGAAUGCUGUGUUUUCCUCCUUUGCUUUUUUUGAAGUACUGUACUUGUUUGCCAGAUUUAUAUUUUAAAAAAAUGCCAAAAAUGUGUUUCCUCCUCCAGUACUGUAUUUAUAUCACAGAAAAGUGACAAUUUAAAAGAAACCCUGGGAUAGUGAUAGAGUUGAGGGAUGUUGGGGAAGGAGGGGGAAUAUCUGCUUCUUGGUACGUGUAACUGCCUCAGACUCGUUACAAAUAAUUGGCACUGAAAAUGUUGAUGCCGGAGUCAAAAUCACAAAUUAUGAAAAGGUUUACUUUUUGUAAAUCUCUUGUCCUAUUUAGUGAGUAACACUCCAAUGGCAUUGACUGAUGUAGACAGCUACUUGAUUUACUAGCUAGUCUUCCUGAUAUUUAAAGCAAAAGGGUCUGCACCAUGGGAGUUUGGCAUGGGAAGCUUUAGGCCUGCUCUGGCAGUGCAUGUUCCCUUCAACCAUUUUCACAA